AGAAAUCGGAACGUUCGCUUCAGUCGUCUGCCAAGCGAAUUAGUCCAAGUUAUAUUACCAUUCCAAGAUGGGAGCUUUCCACGCAAGGAUCUGUGUCCUGGCGGCCUGCCUUCUGAUGGCGUCGCAGGCCAGCGGCUACUCGAUGGAGCAGAUGUGCGCCCAGUGGUCGGGCGAGGGAUACAUCGGCAAUCCGAGCAGCUGCCGCGCCUGGGGAUACUGCAGGGGCCAGCAGCUGAUCGCAUGGAACACCUGCCCGGACGACCUGAUCUUCAACGCGCAGACGGGAAGAUGCUCCGAUCCCGCGACGACGAUAUGCUCCACCAGUGCGACCCAGACCUGCGCAGCGGCCACCUCGCCCAUGUACGUGGCCAAUCCGCUCAACUGCACCGAGUACUGCUACUGCGACGGCCUGGGAGGCCUCUCCUACGGCGACUGCGGCGAGGGAGGUGUCUACCAGGCCAGCACCAAGAGCUGUGUGUGGGGACCUGCCUGCCCGCAGGACACCAUCUGCCGGUUCAUGCCGUCGAACAUCUUUGUCGGCGAUCCGGAAAACUGCGGUUCCUACUACAACUGCGUGAAUGGCUAUGGAACCUCCACAAAGUGCGCCGAUAACCUGUACUAUAAUGCCGCCAACGGCCUGUGCCAGUCGACCAAUCCCUGCAACAGCGAUAACAACAACGGAAACUCCGGCCAGUUCACGGUUGGGGAGACAAAUGAAAUAAUAUGCAAUAGUACAAACUUUAAAGAGGCACCCUUCAUCUAUAAAACCUCGACCACUACGGCAGAAUCCUAUAAGUACGUCUCCGACUUUACGACCUGCUAUGGCUACUACUACUGUCCAGAUGUGAAUGAGGUUGGAGUCUGGAACCAAUGUCCCACCGGAACACAAUUUGAUCCCAAAAAAGGCAAGUGCGUUUCGCCGGCCGCCUAUGCCUGUCCCUACAACCGGUGUGGCAACGUAGAGAGCACCUUUAUGGCCCAACUGAAUACCGAGUGCAAGAGCUACACCAUCUGCUCCAGCGGAUUGACCGGAUCUUGCCCCACCACCUCGCCGUACUACGACGAGGUCCACAAUUUGUGCACCUCCGGAAAGCUCGAUUACGCUAUUUGCAAAUCGGCCUAAGUGUUGGGCCUGGUUCAACAUCUGGUUAUUUACAAAUAACUGAAUUCCUUUCCGUGUUUUUCACUCUACUCCUGCUAGGACUGCGGGAAAGUAUUUACAACAAAUUAAUAAAAAAAACUCUCGACAUCGACCAA